AUGUUAUUUUGCGUGUCCGAGGGACCAUUCAACUUGGUUCUUAGCACGUCUGCCACUCCAACUCUAGUUAAGUCAACCAUUCUUCCUGCAAUUCAGUCUGCCACUCCAACUCUAGUUAAGCCAACCAUUCUUCCUGCAAUUCAGUCUGCCACUCCAACUCUAGUUAAGUCAACCAUUCUUCCUGCAAUUCAGUCUGCCACUCCAACUCUAGUUAAGCCAACCAUUCUUCCUGCAAUUCAGUCUGCCACUCCAACUCUAGUUAAGUCAACCAUUCUUCCUGCAAUUCAGUCUGCCACUCCAACUCUAGUUAAGCCAACCAUUCUUCCUGCAAUUCAGUCUGCCACUCCAACUCUAGUUAAGUCAACCAUUCUUCCUGCAAUUCAGUCUGCCACUCCAACUCUAGUUAAGCCAACCAUUCUUCCUGCAAUUCAGUCUGCCACUCCAACUCUAGUUAAGUCAACCAUUCUUCCUGCAAUUCAGUCUGCCACUCCAACUCUAGUUAAGCCAACCAUUCUUCCUGCAAUUCAGUCUGCCACUCCAACUCUAGUUAAGUCAACCAUUCUUCCUGCAAUUCAGUCUGCCACUCCAACUCUAGUUAAGCCAACCAUUCUUCCUGCAAUUCAGUCUGUCACCCCAACUAUCACUCGGUCUUCCGGUCUGUCAGUCACACAUUUCUUCAUUCUGUCACCCAGUCAGACAUUCUAA